AUAUUGUUUCUAAAUCUGAUAUCAGUAUGUGUUUAUAUGUACUUGUGGCCAGGUGAACAUCAAUGACCAUGUAUGUGUCUAGAGCGAUUCCAUCGUAAGAGACGUUCAAAGUUGAAAGAGGCGAUGUUAGUAACUUAAACAUCUAGCUUGUCAACCUGUCAAGACUCUCUGCUUCUUGAGCUUAUCCUGCUACACUCACAAUCGCAGCGCGGUCAACGUGUUUCAAUACCUGUGAGGCGCUCUUCCACGUGAAUUUACUUUCCUGAUGUCGGACGAGAUCACUCGACUACGUGAAACACUGCAGCAGCUGAACGAGGAAAGUAUUCAACUCCGUCGUCGAAAGCGGAUCCUGGAGAGUGAAUGCAAACGACUCCCGAAGCUCCCGAAGCGCACUGCAGAAGCUCGCCAUGGACCUUCCUACCAAAAUGUGCGCAAGUUGUUUGAGCGAAAACGGGGUUUGAUUGCAUCGAACGCGCAACUACAGAGAGCGAUAGAGCAGGCCUCUAUGAGAUCUGUGUGUGCUAACAUUGCUGAGCAGGCCUAUGUAAGGUUGCCUGUUGUAUCUCCCUUGAGCCAUUUCUACAGCAGCAUUAGAGAUAUUUCCGCAACUGACACCACCUUGCCACGGAUUUUUGACGAUAUAGAGUGGAAAGUCGAUGAGGAGAUGCUACAAGAUGGGCAACAAAAGGGAAAUUCUGCAGUGCUCAGUGCUACUAGUAUUUCCGCCGGAGAUGUACGUGCUGUCAAUGCCACAGACACCGGUAACGAGCUCGGCAAAUAUAUAGACAAGGCUAAUAACAGUGAUGAUGGGGUCGUUUCAGAAAUUAUUGAUUCUAAAUCGACACGCACUACCAUGCGAUGUACGUUGUCAUUCGCAACAGUGGUGGAAGAAGACAUGCUGGUACGCUUAUGUAUACAUGAAACCAGACUGCCGAUGCGAAACCACAGUGGCAAUACCAUGGCAUCUUCCGCCUACAGACAGCGAGACCCACAGGAGAAGUCCUCGCGGCAAGAAAACGAAGGUAUACCUUGCUACACUUACCGUUUCACGAGUAAUCCAGAGAUUGUUGGCCUAGAGGCGUGCGAGCCAUACAUAAUCGAUAAAAAGCCCCCUAUCGACAUGGUUCAAGUAGCCUUAACAUCUUUAAUAAAUAUUUAAAC